AUGGACCAAGAGUUGUUUUUUGCGAUCAUCCGCACGGCUGCAGGAUUGGAUCUCCAGGACAAUGUUGCGGGUAUAAGAUUUCUGAAGAGACUCAGUGAAAUAUCUGACAACUACGAGAUGAUGAUUUCAUCGGAUUUUAGCGUUCGCGGAAGCGGGAAUACGAUCAAGCUAGGAGAGCGAAUGGCUCCAGUCAUCAUGCAAGACGGCGGCUUCAAGACUUUCCUCGACAUUCGAAGCCAACUACUCAAAACGGGCCUCGGCGAGCAUAUCCAGCGGCAAUUGCGCAGAUUUGUCGACUUUGUGUGUCAAGCUACUCGCGACACCUCGAUCGAAAUACCCAAGGGUAUGACCUGCGGAUUGUUCGACGCUAUAAACACGAGAGCCGCUGUCGAUGCUGUCAUGAACUCCAUUCGAUACAAAGACAGCGACUUGAAGACACGGGCUAUUCGAGCUCUCGUCGUAACCUGCGCCGUCACCUAUCCAGAGGAGGUACAGGCUCUUCGAAUUGACCUCCUAUCCUUCGGCCUCGCCAAUUCAGAGCUGAUACAGACUCUUCAACCUCUCGGCACAAUCUUCGGCACCGCCGAACCAGACAGAGGUGCGGACCCUCUGAAGACCCAGACAAAACAUGCUGACUCUCUGAACAUCCAGACGAAGAUGCUGUUUUUCUGA